UAUACUGAUUUCUGUCUGCUGAUCUGCUUUGUUUAUUGAUGCCUGAAGCAACUUUGGCAAAUUGAAUUUCCCUCUGGGAAUAAUAUUUGUUAGAAUAUGCAGUAUCACCUUGAGAUGUCUGUAAUUAUUACACACAAGAUCUUUGUCUGUUAUGCCAAAGAUGGUGGGUGUCAAAAAAAACAAAAAACACAUCAUACCCUCCCACCCCUGUGCAGUUAAAGUGGGUGUGGCCAUAAGACAACCGCUGCUUACUGUUCUCUGACCUCUUCAAAAGGGGACAAAUGGGGUGAAUGUGUGCCACCAAAGCAACAUUUGGCUCUCCGUUUGGUGCCGGGGUAUAAAUCCAUGACAGGGUCCUGGGAAUUUCACAAUUGACUGACUGUGCAUCUAACAACAACAACAAAAACAAAAACAACAUUGUCUCUCUGGCCUGGAAACACACAAUUGGAAAAGAGGACAAUCACAGGUCGCAAGAACACAAUGAACAUUCAGUCUGCCAUCAACAAAGAACUCUUCAUUCCUCGUGAUGAGCGGAUGCUGGUGGCAGUUGAGGUGUGGAGGCGGAAAAGGAAGAGGAUGUCCUUCCUGCUGAGUGGAACUAAACCACACUAUGCAACAUUCAUCUGUGUGUCAGUGACUAAUACAAGACCACACCAGCUCCUCAUUACAAAGGUGAAGAAAUUUAGUGGCUCCCCCACCUUCACCAGGAGGACCCAGUGGACAGUGGAGCAGCUCAAACAGGUCAACGGCAUCAACCCCAACAAGGACAGCCCAGAGUUUGACCUGGUGUUUGACAACGCUGUGGACCAGUGGGUUGCUGGGUCAUCAGCAGAGAAGUGUAUCUUUGUCCAGAUCCUGUACAAUGCAUGCCAGACCCACUUGGAGGGGAAAUCUGGUUUAAGAAAAUCUGGGAAGCUGGGGAAGCUGGGCCUCCAGAAGAGAGGUGCUCACAGUGAGGUUGGAGAUGGUUCUACUGAUUCCUCACCAGCCUCUGUUUCCAGAACCCUGCAGGCCAGACGGAAGAGCUAUGUUCCUCCAAAACAGACAGAGUUCAUCAACUGCCAGUCUAAACUCACAGGAGAUGCCUGCACGAUGAAUCUUGUCAUCUAUCGCUGCAAAGCCUUCUUGAACCAUAUGAAGAAAAUGAUGAUUGCAAACCAAAUUCAAUCUCCUGGUCGAUGUCAGCUUGGCCAACGUGCCACAGGCAGCACUGAGGGUAAUGCAGUUCACAGGAUGAACGUGGCUCUGGGCGAGCGCGGAGACAGACUGACACGAGCUGAGGACAAAACUCUGUACGUGAUGCACAAGGCUCAGCAGUUUGCAGACACUGCUCACAAGCUGGCCCUGAAGUACAAGUAGACUCUUUUGGAGGACAAGGAUGGAUUCUUGAUGAUGAAGAUGGAUCUUGUAACAUAAAAACUAACACUGUGUGAUGCAGUCUGUCUCUGAGGAACAUCUCUCUUCUGUGGACUGCAGAGAAAAGUUUCAUCUUUGCAUCACAGCUCUGCUCCGCACACUGAGAAUUGGCAGUUCUCUGCUCAGUUUCACUAUGUUUCUCCUGUUUGCAGAAUAAUAGAGCUGUUUUUUUCUGUCUGCAACGUUCUAAACACUGCUGACAUUAAAAUGUAAAAAGGUCUAACGUGACAGACUACAGAAGAGGAAAAUGAGGCACCCUGAUGUGGGUCCUGAUGAAGUCACAUCAAAAAGCACUUCUUUUUCACUAUUAAAGGCCUGGUGUGUGAAAUGUAGGUACAAUUAUUCUUAUUUGGCAGGAAUUCAAAUAAUAAAAAAAAGCUUUUUCCAUUUAUAACAGGAGCGGGGUCAGCGCUGUAGAGGCACCAUGUUUUUACAACAGCCCACAAUGGAGCUUUGGCUCAAUGACAGUAGGUGUUCUCACACUCUUGAAGAGCAAUAUUCAGCUGCAACUUCACCUGUAAGAUCUCCAUGAUUUAAUAAGGAUUUUAUAUUUUAUUUUAUGUUUUCUCCACAAAAUGCCUCAGAUGCUCUUAAGUUUAAACAUUUUUAUAUUUGACAUAUACUGCUGGUAUUGUCCUUGCUGAGAAUCUGAUACUUUACUAAUCUUGUUCACUCUUAUUAACUCUUACUCUUAUUUUGAAGCCAGUCACUGACUCGUUAUUUCCUGUCUUGCCUGACAUAUGACUGACAGGUAGUACUGUGCAGAGGGAAUAGUAGAUUUAACUAAACUCCAGUGUUUGGACUACACAUGAUUAAUUGCAUGUAUUAUCACUUGUCAUUGUUUGUUUUAUUAUUAUUAUUAUUAUUAUUAUUGUUGUUGCUGUUAUUGUUGUGUGUGUGUGUGUACAGAAGCAUCACAUUGUCAAACCUGUGUUGUCCUCGUUCGUAUCACUGUGUCCUGAGUGUUUUUACAGUCGUCUCUUCAGUGUGUCACCACUAUUUUGAGUUUGUAUUGUAGUUUUGUGUUUGAGGAGUCAUUCGUUCACAUGAGAGCAAUGUAAAGAAGUAAUUUAAUGUGUGUAGGCUAAUGUCAUUGUAUCUGAUGUAUUAACUUACUGAUAGUGUUUCCUAUAUGACUCAAUUGAAUAAAAGUGGAUGUGUACGUUGA